AUGCACAAGCCCACAGAGGCAACGCAACAGCAGUGGAAGCAUCGCCUGCGAGAACGCACCCUUCAGCGGCGUCGCAACAUUGCGAGCAAGGAGGCCGAGGUUCAGCGUUCUUUGAAGGAGGUCACCAGUAGCCGCGAUUUAAUUAUAGCGCAGCUAGCAGAUCAGAUCUUCUCCAAAGGUCACCGUCACGUGGCGAGCGCCAUGAACGUCGGCUUUGUUCCCGACGGCAACCCUGCCACGCCCCUCAUCGCCCUCGCUGGCCGAGAACGGUGUGGCAAGACGUCCUUGCUGCGCUCACUCUUCCGCUCCGCGCGCGAGGUCGGCCGCUCCAAUCGGCACCUUCGCCGAGACGCCAUGAACUUCUUCAAUGUAGGCGGCGUUUUCAAUGUUGUUGAUCUGCCGGGGUGCGGCGGUACAUCCGUGCCGUGGUCAGCGGUGCUGCAACACGCCGUGCUCUUGCGCAACUUUGCUCGGUGCCAGCCCAGUUUGAAGAUGCUUUACUACUGCAUGGACACUCACUACAAACACGGACUCUACAUUCAGGACAUAGACCUGCUGCAGUUUCUCGCACGCGAGGUGCCCAACUUCACCAUUGUCCUUACCAAGGCGGACCAGAUCAAUGACCGCGCCAUUCAGACGGUCCACAUGGAAGACAUACGCAAGGAGCUCAUCUACCACGACAUCCACCAUCCGGUGCUGGUCACUAGCGCCUUCCACAUGGGUGGCAUCGACACGCUGCGGUAUGAUAUGGUCAUGAACUCGGUGCACACGCUGCCGACGGAGCGACUCACGUUGACUGAGGCGCAGCGCCUGUCGGCUCGGUUGUUUUCCCAAAAGGAGCUGAGCACGAUUCGCCCCCUCGCCAUCGCGCCGUCGCAGGUCGAUGAUGAAACACGAGAGUGGAAUAAGGAAGUUCAACUGACAGAGCGCACUGGCGACGGCCCGGGGGAUGUGAGCGUCGCUGACGCAGCGAUGGGUGCAGCGGAGGAUGCCGGCUUAGUGGUGGAGGCGACAGAGGAGGAGCUACGGUACAGCGAGGCAGAGUCGGCGGAGUUUGCGGCGGCGGACGACGGCACUAGCGCUGCUGGUGCGUCGGCGCCUGCCCGUGCAGGCACUGAGGAAUCAUUGCUUGCCGAGCUCGCACCUCCGCCAGAGGAAGUGCCUCUUCCUGUCGGUGCUUGGCGGGACGCGGCAUCAUCCUCGACACAUAUCCCUGUUGUGUUCAAGGAUCUGUUGACACAGAUGGCGUACGAGCGGGUCGUGAAGACGCUCCGCAACCGUCCACUUCUCCAGUACCUGGAUGCGACCAGCCCCUGGCGCAAUCCACUGCGGUGGCCGACCCACGUCGUCCCUACGAAGCACCCCAAGGCGAACAUUAUGCGUUGUCCAGAGGCGCCGGAAAACCCUUAUCUGUUUCAGGCCCAGUUUGUUGCCCCACGCGCCGAUAUGUACUUCCGCCGACCCAACGUCGGCGCUCGCAAGUCUUCGCAGAAGGGCAGAUACGAGGCAGACAAGCCGCUCGCCUUUCUUGUGAAGGCUUACACGAUUCCGUACUUUCCCGACAUUGUUGACACAGCCAUGCAGCCAACGCCGUGGGCUUUCGUCGGCAGUCGCGAGGCUUACUACGAGCGCAAUGGGGGUCGCCAGCUUGGCGUUCGGCUCGCCAACUACGCCACUGCCGGGUCUGUGAAUCCCCUCUCUGAAAGCCCCGCCUCUCAGAAGCCAGAACUGAUGGACGAACUGCAGGCACUGGAGACGAAGCGAUACGGGGCCCCGAUAGCGAUGCUGCGUCCCCCGGACGAGAAGCUAGCGCCUCCUGCAUUUCCUUUGCACGCACCCAGUUCACCGACGCUUAGCACGUAG